GUUUUGAAAAUUCAACCAAUGUUAAAACUAGAAUCCUCUUCGAUCUUAGCUCCUUAUUCUUGGUAAUUUUUAACUUGAACUCUGCCUUGGAAAGUCCCAGGUGGGUUUUUAAAAUAAAAUUGGAAAGACACAAUUUCAGAUCCUUCUUGAGAAACGAUUUCUAGCAUAUGCUGACUUUGCAAAACGAAGCUGUGCCGCUCAGAAAAUUGACGAUGAGACAGAAACUGAGAGCAGUUAUUACUAACAGCUAUGGAUAGAAAUGUUGAACCCAUCAUACUUAGAACGGUUGUGUGUGUGAGGAGCGACUUGAGCAACUGCAAGUAUUGGCCGUCUGCAAGUACAUUGCCCAGGGGAUGCCCAGAUGUUUCUGUGGGAGAUUUCUCUCAUGUCCCCACAUGGGAAGCUGGAACUGACAGACAGGUGCUCACCCCGCGCCCCGGAUUUGAACCGCUUUUUGGUCAGCAGUCCUGCUAGCACAAGGGUUUAAUACAUUGCGCCACCGGGGGCUCCAGGUGACUUUGGGCCAAUUGCAACACAGGAGAAAAACGAACUGUGCAAUGAAGUUCCUUCCUCUCUCAAAUUCACUCUAAAAUUACUCCACCGUCUUUGGGCAGCGAAUUAGGCGAAAGAGGUUUUGCAAGCAACUUGACACAAUACAAUUUCUGCUGUUUGGUUGCCUGUCCUGCUUUACUUGAAGGAGGAAAGCCAGAUACCUUUUUUGCCAGUGUGCCUUAAUGGACCAGGAAAGGCUUUAAGGGAAAGCGGCAAAAUGAAAGUGAACAAUACUUUGGCCAAAGCGUUAUAUGACAACAAAGCUGAGUGCUUGGAUGAGCUUGCCUUCCGCAGAGGAGACAUCCUGAUGGUUCUCGAACAGAAUCUUCUUGGGAGUGAGGGGUGGUGGAAAUGUUCCCUCCAUGGAAAGCAAGGCCUGGCUCCAGCAAACCGCCUCCAGCUUCUCACACCUUCAGUGGCCUCCUCCGCCCAACAUGAUGCUGAAGGACUACCAGUCAGCCCACAGACAAUCUAUCAGGUUCCUUCAGCCCACAGGUCUUCUGCAUCAUUAUCUGUCUAUGAACACAUGGAUGGCUGGAUUACUCCUUCUCCUCCCCCUUCUUCCUCUUUUUCGCAUCCUCUGACACAGGAAUUAUAUCAAGUGCCAGCUUUGGCAGCUCAAGUACUCAGUGAAAAGACUCAGAGUUCAUCGAAUCAGCAUCUCUUUACUCUUCCAAGAGCAACCUGGGCUUCCGCUUCUGCAUUGGAGAGAAAAAGUGAUAUAUAUGAUGUUCCAUCACCACAGCAUCGUGCAUCUCUCUUUGCUCAGGGUCUCGCCACUCCACCUUCCUCCAGAAAGGGCUCCAAGCUGUUUCCCUCCACAGAAUAUUGCCUGGGGAAAGCACAGCAACUUUAUGACAUCCCAUUGAGCCCUGAAAUGACACAAAGGCGCACCCGACAAGAAUCUUCAUUGGACAAUGUAUAUGUCAUUCCCACAGGAGUUUCUAAGGAUAUUGUCAUGGGAAAUCAUUUGGCUCACUACAAUACCUUGCCCAACCUUCGGAAAUCCGAGUGGGUCUAUGAUAUACCUGUGUCACCUGAAAAAUCAAAACAAGCUUCUCAGAAUCAUUCCCCAAAUAGACAUGCGCUUUAUGAUAUACCACCAGCGAGGUCUGAUUCAAGAAUGCAAAAAAUCCCAUCUGUCAACAGUGAAGGAAAAUUAGUGAAUGCAGAAGCUUACGAUAUUCCACCCAUACAAAAUAAAUUAGCUUUUCCUGUGAGUCUUCUUUAUGAUGUACCGUCCACACAUGAUGCCUUAGUGCAGCAUCAAAAUGGCAUUCCUUCAAGUGCUCUUUCCACCAAGACCGAAAAGGAGAAUCACCAACAGACGGUCUAUGAUAUUCCAAAAGGAACGCCUGUUGCUUUGACACAAAAGAGAGAAAAUGCAUAUAGUGAUAGAUCUGAAGACAGUGUACACACUUUCCCUCCGCUGUUGUCCACAGAUGGCAGAUCAGAUCAAGACAGAUUGUCUGUCUCAAGUAUAGGCAGUAGAGCCAGCACCAUAUCAACAUUAUCAAGCUCUUCUACUGAGUCCUUUUCAUCUACAGCAUCAUCAUCAACUCUAUCAUCAUCUUCAGAAGAGUCCACUAAAAAAAGUACCAUGCAGCUUGAGCUGGCCAUAGGAACUUUAACUAAACUACAGCACAGUGUAUCAAGCUCAGUGGCAAGUCUAAUGAUCUUUGUAAGCAGCAAGUGGAGGUACCAUGAACAUCUAGAGGGAAACAUUGAGGAAAUCCACAGAGCAAUUGAUCACAUUAAGGUCUCUUUGGGAGAAUUCUUGAACUUUGCUCGCACCAUCGAAGAAAAUGGUGCUUCAGGCUGUGAUAGCAAACUUCAGGCAAGGAUUAAAGAGCAGCUGAAUAAUCUCACCGACUCUUUUCAGAUACUGGUGGAAACUAGGGAUGCACUGAAUGAUUGCAAAUGGUCACUCGACCUGCUAGUAAUUAAGAAACCUCAGAGUAACCCAGAUGAUCUGGAUCGUUUUGUUAUGGUGGCCCGUACCAUUCCAGAUGACAUCAAAAGAUUUGUUGCCAUCAUCAUUGCUAAUGGGAAACUCCUUUUCAGAAAGAACUGUAAAGACAAAGAUGGGAAAGACCAAAAAACUGGUGGAAAACAAAAACUAUUGAGGCACACAUUGGAAUGUCAAGUAGAAGAUGAGUCUGUUCAAAAAAGUAUUUUUGAUAAGCCAAAGGAAAAUAAACUAUGUUCAGAGAAGCAGAGGACUGAUGGCAUUGAAGACUGUGAUUAUAGUCGAAUACAUAAACCGGUAGGAUUGGAACAAGCACAGCUGUUUCCUUCACCUUGUAAGACAGAGGAAAAUAAUGUCAAAUUAAAAUUAAAGGAUUCACCACCUACAACACAAGACAGCAAGCAGGGUCCAGCCACAAAGAUGGAGCUGUCCAAUAUCUGCAGACUAUAUUUUGGUGCUGUACAGAAGGCGAUUAGUGUUUUCCACCAAAGUCUUAGCAGAGAUCAGGCCCCUGAAGUCUUCAUAGCCAAGAGCAAACUGAUAAUAAUGGUGGGCCAGAAGUUGGUGGAUACCUUGUGUCAGGAAGCCAUUGAGAAGACCAAUCGAAAUGAAAUCCUGUGUGGUAGCAGCCAAUUUUGUGCUUUGCUGAAGAGUUUGGCGGUUGCUACGAAAAAUGCUGCAAUGCAAUACCCAAGUCCUGAAGCUAUGAGAGAACUCCAGGAUCAAGUUGAUGGGCUGUCAAAGUACACACAGCAGUUCCGAGCAAUGAUGGAAUGAAGCAUUGACUAGUUGGGUGUUCCUGAGGAUAGGAUGAACAUACAUUGGCAGACUUUGAAACCUUUCCUCAAUUUGCAAAUACAGCAUAGUGCU